AUGGCAGCCAACGGCGCGGGCGUGGCGGCCCACGCCAACGGUGCGGGCCCGCAGGCAGACAACGUGGGGAUCCUGGCGGCGGAGGUCUACUUUCCCAGCACUUAUGUGCGGCAGGAGGAUUUGGAGCGGCACGACGGCGUGUCCAGCGGAAAGUACACGGUGGGGCUCGGCCAGCAGGGCCUGUCGUUUGUGGGGGACCGAGAGGAUGCCGUGUCCAUGGCGCUCAGCGUGCUGCGCCGCCUGCUGGAGCGACACAACAUCUCGCCGCUCGAGGUGGGGCGCCUGGAGGUGGGCACCGAGACGAGCGUGGACAGCAGCAAGAGCAUCAAGAGCUACCUGAUGGUGAUGUUUGAGGAGGCGGGCAACACGGAUGUGGAGGGCGUGGACUGCGUGCAGGCCUGCUACGGCGGCACGGCCGCGGUGCAGAAUGCGGUCAACUGGGUGGAGUCUCGCAGCUGGGACGGCCGGUUUGCUGUGGUAGUGAUGACCGACAUCUCGCUCUACCCGGCCGGCCCCGCUCGCCCCACCUCGGGCGCAGGCGCCGUGGCGCUGCUCAUAGGCCCCGACGCGCCGCUGGUUCUGGAGCGGGGCCUCAGCACCACCCACAUGGCGCACGCCUACGACUUCUACAAGCCCUCUGGCCUCUACCCAGCGGUGAGGGCGGCACUGCGGGAGCGGGCAGGCGGGGCUGUGGUGGAGCACGCCGCGCCGGCGAUGGACGGCCCGCUGUCUGUCUACUGCUACCUCUCCACCCUAGACCUGCUGUACCCCCGCUAUGCAGCCAAGUUUGAGAAACGGCACGGGCGCCCCUUCCCCCUGGGUGAUGCAGGGCGGCAUGCCACACCACCUCGCCCCAUCUACACCUUUUGCCCCGCGCCGCCCGUGCCCCGCCCUGCAAACCACGCGCUGUUUCCCGCCCCCUACAACAAGCUGGUGCAGAAGGCCUUUGCCCGCCUCAUGUACCACGACAUGCACGGCGAGGUCCCCGAGGCGCUGGCGGCGUGCGGCGCCGACCUGCGCGAUGGCAGCCACCCGCGGCCGCCCAUGCAGAUGCCCCGCGACCUGGACAAGGCGCUGGUGGCGGCCGCCUUUGCCACCUACGACAGAAAGGUGCGCCCCUCCACCUGCGUGGCGCGGCAGUGCGGCAACAUGUACACGGCAUCCAUCUGGAGCGGCAUUCCGCAGCUGAUUGAGACGACGGGGGCUGCGCUGGAGGGGCGCCGCAUCCUGCUCUACUCCUACGGCUCCGGCAUCUCGGCAUCCAUGUUCUCCCUGCUGGCGCGCGCACCGCACGCCCCCCGCUUCUCCCUGGCGCGCCUGCAGGCCACGUCUGACCUGGCCAUGCGGCUGGCGCGGCGCGUGCCCAAGAGCCCCGAGGAGUUUGAGCAGGCGGUGCAGCUGGCGGAGCAGAGGUACUGUGCGGGGAACUACAAGCCGGAGUUGCCGGCACUGGAAGAGCUGGAGCCUGGCACUUUCUACCUGGCCGAGGUGGACGCGCGCUACCGCCGCAUCUACGCCCGCAAGCCGCUGGCGCAGUGA